ACGGUGGAGACGGUGCGGAGGGUGGUGUGUGCGGGGCGCGGUGUGCGUGGUGGCGGGCGCGCUGCCGUCGCCUACAGGCUGACUGCCGCCUGCUCGACUGUGCGCUCGCGCGCGCCCUGCAUACCGCGCACAGGUUAACGUGCGCGUGCGCAAAACAAGAGUCUUCGUGCGUGGCGCUGUGCAGUGCUCUGCGGGCAGCCGACCGCGCGCUUGAGACGUACGAUGUGCUGCUCGCGCUCGCCGAGACGCAACACUGCCAGGGCUCACCCGAGCGGGGGGCGGCCGAGCUGGUGGCGCGACGGCUGCUGGCGCGGCUGGAGGCGCGCGCGCUGCCCGAGCCGCUGCUGUCUCCCGGGCCCUGGCUGCCGCACCACCACCACCAGGACCCCACAGAGCUGCAGAGUGUGCUGCUGGCGCGGUGCGUUCAGCAGCGCAGUCCGCAGCUAACGGGCGCUGUGCUCGUGUGCCGCAGCGGCUGCAGCGCUGCGGGCGGCUGGAGCGCGGCGCUGGAGGCGCGGCUGCGGCGCCACGCGGCGCGCCUCAAGGCCGACACCGUCGCGCUGCGCCCGCAGCCCAGGCUCUUCUCCCGCCACGACGCGGAGGAGGAGGACGAGGCGGGGGCGGGGGGCGCGCUCGCAGACGUCGGCGCGCCGGAGAUGGAGGCCGCCGUCGCCGCGCAGGAAGCGAUGGUGAUUCAAGAAAAGAAAGCGCUCGAGCGAUUGAUGAGAAUACGCCCCGAUGCAGCACCGACGGAUUCGUGCCGCAGCAGAAGACGGAAGGAGAGAGAACGUCAUUGGCUCGAGAGUCACGCAUCGGAAACGGAUCUUUGA